CCCAAAUAUUUGAAUGCUCCCGCGUUCUCUAGUUCUCCUUUGUUCAAAACUUCAAAUAUCUACAGUCUCUUUCUCUCUCUCCCUCACUCACACACACACAAAGCCCUAAAUCCUGUUUUUGCAAUUUAUACUCCGAUCGGGUGGGGAGCGAAGAAAAUUGAAAUACAGAUGGGAAAACAAAGCAAAUCGAGGAAAAAGGAAGAUUGCGCAGUCAACGGAAAAGUAACCCCUGUUCAAAUUGCAUUCAUCGUCGACCGUUAUCUUUCCGACAACAAUUAUACCCAAACCCGCCCCAUUUUCCGAUCCGAAGCUUCACAUCUCAUCUCCAAAUCCCCAGUCCAGGAAGCUCCGAAGAGCUUGUUGAGUUUGGAAGAAAUUUUGGACGAGUACAUAACAUUGAAGGAGCAAAAAGUAUGGAUGGACCAAGAACGACACCGUUUGGAGCAUGAAUCAUUGCGGAUCCAGAAUUUGCUGAGUGGAAUGCAGGAUGUCAUGAAUACUUACACUACCAGCGGAAUUAAUGCUAUAACCUCUCCCCUGCCACCGACACCGCCACCUCCUGACGUUGCCUCAGGCGCAAUGGUUUCUCAGGCCGAGCUUUCUGUCAUGACGCCAGCAGGCUACUUUUCUAUGUAUAAAAGUUCAGCUACGAUGUCUAUGUCGUCCAAGCUCUUAAAUACUCCAACGGAUCCCCCAAAAUUCUCUACCCCAAUCACAACUCAUGUAACUACAAAACGGAAAGGGUCGAAAAAUGUCUCAGAUUGCCUCGUGACAGCUAAGAGAUCUCGACGACAUAUACAGCCCAAAGAUAGCUUAGUUUCACAAUCAAGCACUAGAGUCAAGAAUGAAGACAAAUCAUCGACCAAUUCCUCAGCUAUGUUAUCCCUUCACGAUAACGUUUCCAAUGCAUCACCGUUGCAAGGAUCAGCUGUUGUAAAGUGUUUGUUCAAUCAGAAACUUUCAUCCUCUCCAGCUAAUUCCCCGGUUCUCAAAACACCUCCGCAACCAUCCUCUUCUCAAACGGACAAAUCUACUAACUGUACCAUACUUUCCACCGAGACAAUUCGAGUCAGUCCCACCAAACAAAUUGGAGUAGCAUAUUAUUCAAUUGAGAAAAACCACUCUGUAUCAACUUCUUCACCAAAUAAGAUAAUCAGGAAGAAGUCUAACACGAACGAUCAGGUAAAAGGACGGUUACAUUUUGGUUCUUCAGACGUGCAAAUGAUCCCAAAGGAGCAAACGACUGACGGUACUACUACAUCAGAAUCUGAAAAAGAUGGGGAUGUUGUUGACUUGGAUUUUCCAAAUCUUGAUACUUUAGUUGAUUUCAACCUUUCGGAAUUUCUUGUCGAUUUGGAUAUUGAAGGCCAAGAAUUGUGUUUAUCUUCACAGAAAGCAUUGGAUUCUUCUCCAGACUCUUGUACAAAUUAAAGGGCCGCGAAGUUCUCCGGAUCACAGGCCGGGAAGAGUAGCCCAAUUAAAUUUCCGAGUUACAAUAUGGGCCUCGUUAGGCCGAUAAAU